GUUUUCUUUUCCCUUUUUAGAAUCACCAGAUGCUGAUAUUGCCAUGGAGAUAGCUACAUCAGAACAGCAUGUUUCUGAGGCAAUAUAUGAUUGUGUUAUUUGUGGACAAAGUGGGCCUUCUACUGAAGACAGACCUACAGGGCUGGUUGUACUAUUACAAGCAUCUUCAGUGUUGGGUCAAUGCCGCAAUAGCACUGAGCCAAAGAAACUGCCAACUACUGAGGAGGAGCAGAUAUACCCUUGGGAUACCUGUGCAGCACUGCAUGAUGUGAGGCUUACAACUUUACAGCGAUACUUUAAAGAUAGUUCCUGCCUGCAAGCAGUCUCAAUAGGCUGGGAAGGAGGUGUUUAUGUACAAACCUGUGGUCACACUUUGCACAUUGAUUGUCAUAAAUCUUACAUGGAAUCUUUACGGAAUGACCAGGUCCUCCAGGGUUUUUCAGUCGACAAAGGGGAAUUUACUUGUCCUCUCUGUAGGCAGUUUGCUAACAGCGUUCUUCCUUGUUAUCCUGGAAACAAUGUGGAAAGAAGCCUUUGGCAAAGUCAUAGUAACAAGUGCAUGCAAGAUCUUGUACAGGAAGUGGAAGAUCUUCAAGAACAGCUGGGAACUUUCCCAGUAAGCAUCAGUUCUGAAACAAACCUCAGUAAAGAAAUGGAAUCUGUAAUGAAAGACAUAAAAAGUACCACACAGAAGAAGUAUACAGAUUAUAGCAAGAGUCCUGGAUCCCCUGACAAUGACUUUCUAUUCAUGUAUUCAGUAGCCAGAUUUUUAGAAGUUCAGUGAGCACUGCAAAUCGCCUGAAGAGUGGAAAAUUCCCCUGUCACACAGAUGCCCUUAUCAGCAGCAACCAGAUGGAGCUCUGAGCAGGCACAUUAUCAAUGUUAAAUUGCCUUUUUUCUGAGUAGAGAGGAUUAAAGCAUUCCUUCAGAAAUGGGUGGCAUAAGCUGCAAACUUAGGCACAGUAAUAUUCUGAAAUGUUACUAUUUUAAAAACAUAUGAAAGUGUCUUAAUAAACACUGCAUAUCAAUAAUAUAUUGUUCUUUCAAACUGAUGGUACUGAAAUUUAAUGAAAUAUUUUAAAUAGUUAUCCUUUGGUUUCUUCAUAAAUGUGUAUGCACGGGGGGGGGGAUGUUCUAAGUUAAAUAUAUUAUGCAUAUAAUUUUUGAAUAGAUUCUAAUGUGUAUUCUAUCAUGUUGUAUUGAAAAUAAAGUUGUUUGAUUUUAUUUAAAGGACUAAAACUGAGCUUUGCGUUUUGUAUUAAAUAAGCAAAAUAACAUUUCAGAAGGACAGACUUAUUCAUUCCUUCCUUCUAAUUAAAGGAAUGUAUGUUGAUUUGUUAAAACAGCCUAUAAGAGAGCAUAAUGCAAAUUGUUUGCUCCAAGUCUUGAGGGUAAAAGAUAAUGCAGUACCAAAACAUCCAAUUCCAAAAUCAAACAAAGCUAUUGAAUACGGCUUAAACAAUUGAUGCCUAAGUAUCAGAUUACAAUAAUAUGGAGAAAGCAAGCGUCAAUGUGGCAUGGAGAGAUUUAGUGACAGCUCCUGUGUCAUACUAAUGAGCUGCAUGAAUACCAGCGUUUUGUUCAGAAUUAACCUCUAAUGCUUUUAUUAAGUAACUUAUCAGCAAAGAUCAGUACUUCCAUUAUAAUCUAAGCUAUUUUCAUACUUAGAGACUUGAUGGUGUACUUGUUGUACUGGCUUUUUGUUUAAAGCAAAACAAAAGCCCAGCCUUUAAAGAGAGCACUUCUCAGGCAUAUCUGAUUGACUGAAAUUUAACAAAGCUGUGCAUUUUCUUUUCAAAAUUGCACAUAAAUUCCCUUAUUUUCAGGGAGUUGUGUGGGCAGAAGCUUCCAUAUUAAGAGAGUCGUGAUUGAGAAAUAAAUAAAAGUUAAUAUAGAACUUAUUAAUUGAACCACUUUAUAUUACGUAUGGCAGUAUCUUGAUAAUGUUUGCUUUAUCCUGAGACAUAUUUUGACAGUAUCCAAAACUAAAUAUAAGUUCACAGCAUUCUUGAAAUUAGUAUGUACACUGGGAGUCUGGGGUGACUCUCUCAUGUCU